GGUUAUCCUUACAUCUCUAGUCAUGAGUAGCCCAUCGAAGAAAUAGUCGAACCUAACAAUCAACAUCAUUCCCUGAAAUGGAUCAUGGCUUGAUAUAACAUUAUACCAGACAAAAUGAAUUAUAACAAUCAAUCAGCAGGCGAUAAUGGUGGAAUGCGUCAAUACCAUGAUCAAAUAGGCUCGCAUCCACAACAAUACCCUUUUGCAAACGGAAAUGAAAGCUUCAAUUCAUCAUCAUUCCACGGUAUAUCUCGCCCUUCUUCUGCAUCUCAUAAUACAAAACCAGGACAUAUUCGUACACCACCUUCGGGGCAAUACUUUACUUCUUCACCCAAUUCUUCCGGUACAUUAGGUGGCUAUGGACCCGCAUACGGUCAAAGCACCAGCAAAGGCAACAGUCCCGGAUACUCGGCAACUCAUCGUGGCUCUGUAGGAGGUGAGACAGACACUCUAUUCGCUUAUGGCCCCAGUGCAAGCGGAAUUGCCAGUCCUCGAUCCGGGAUGCCGUUUCAGUCUAAUCAACAGAUGGCAUAUUCGAAUAGCCAAGGGCAUCACAUACAACCCUAUCCACCGGCAAAUCUACGUCAUACACCUCAUCCUUUGGCACAAUCCGACAUCCCACAAAACACCAAGCAGUCAGACUCGCCUUCUUCUGAUACACCUACACAAUCUCAGCAACGCAAUGUAGGCGUAACACCUCUACGACGAGGACAAGCUUGUCAAUCCUGUAGAAGGAGAAAACUCAAAUGUGACGCACAAAGGCCUGUUUGCGGAACAUGUAUAAAAUCUAGAAAGGCGGCCGCUGUUGCCAAUCAUGCUUCGCCAGUUCCCGAUGGAGAUUGUGUAUACGAUGAUCCUGUUCCCGUUCCUCCAGCACCCGUGCCGUCAUCAUCAUCCUCUGGUAAACAACAAGAAAGUGCUUAUUCGCCUUCGACCCUUUCAGCCAGUCCAGGUCAAGGUGGUGGUGGUGGAGGAAAUACAACCUCGAGCGAUUCCAACUUUGGCACGCAAAAUCGUCCUUCGAUAAAAAGACAGCGAACAAGCGGAAGUGCGACAGGAAUGCCCGUUCGUGAUAGUAGACCGUUCAGUAGAGGAGCUACUGAAGGAAGGGAAAGCAAAGAGAACAAGAAUGAAACGACAGAACAAAAGGCUACACGUCUAGAAGCGAGGGUGGCAGAUUUGGAAGAUAAAUUACGUCAAGCAAGAGCAUAUGGCGUUUCAGGAAGUGCAAGUCAUUAUUGGGAUGCCAAUUCAACUCCGUACAGAUGGAGAAGUCGUGCCUCUUCGCGUGAGCCAGAGCCAGAGGAAGCCUUGAAACCUGCAGUGCCAAUCUUGUCAAUGCUUUCACCUUUAUCGGGACGGGAAGAAAAGCAUCGAAUGCGAUACUUCCAAAGACCUGCUGGUGUGAAUAUUGGUUCUUUGUCCACAACAUCAUCCAUGCGAACAGGAAUGGAUGCCGAGUAUCCCAACAAAGCAUACCCAUCAAUGCCUCGGCGUUCUGAUGCAAAUGAGGGUAAUAGUGAUCGCAAAGACUCAGCCACAGAAGUCGAUACCGAUCCUAUGCUGGUUGAUUCUACCAAAUUGGAAAGUGGAACGGGAGCAGGUGACGAAUCGUUCAUGCAACUUUUGUGGCCCGGAUGGAGUAAUGAUUUGCCCAGCUCAGAAAUCGUUACUACAUUGUGCGAAAUCUUUUUCCGUUUGCACCCAUUACGCACGUUGGUGUAUAGGCCAACGUUUAUGUCUGGUCUUUUGCUACCGAUUCAUCAUCCACACAGACCGCAUGAUUCGCUCAUUCAUGCAAUCUUAUGCGCCGCUGCUGAUAUUUCACCUUAUCAUGACAAUACAACAAUGGUCAACGGAAUGCGCGAUCGAUUCGUUACAAUGUUAGCCGACCCUACCCACCGACCAAAUGUACAGCAAUCAAAUGCUCCGAACACAUUAACUUUCAAAGAAUUCCAUCUGUCUAAAGGACGUCAAAAGAUUGAACGUUCGUUAAUGACAGAUUUCCGGAACCCGUUGGAUUGGCUGGCCGGAGGGACGAUUAUCGUGUAUGUAUUGUGGAAUGAAGGCAGAUUUGUUGAAUCGUACUUUUUAAGUGGAUUCCUUGCAAGAGCAAUUGCGCCUGCCGGGCUGGACAAAUUACCUUCUCGACAUUUCAGCCCAGCAGGAAAAGUACGUGCAACUCCGGGUUUGUUUGGUGAUGCACAUGGUUUGGAGGAACAUGAACGUAGAAUGGUGUUGUGGCAUACAUUCUUGGCCGAUCAAUAUACAAGUGGACCGCCAGGCUUUUACGAAAAUAUGAUUCACGAACAGGCUGUCUUGACUCAUUUGCCAUGUUCGGUGAAUGAUUUCUUGGCAGGCAAUGAUGUGGCGCCCAAUAGUCAAACUUUAAGUUCAGCAGAUCUAUUUACGACCGGUCAUUUGGAUGAAUUUACCUUGCACAUCAAAUCUGCCAUCCUUCUUCGUCGCGUUUGCACUUUGAGCUCCCGAUCUCAGGGACUACGAAGCAAGCCACCAGGCGUUCCGAUCAUGGACAAGCAAAUCGACGAAUUCAUCUCAACUUUUCCGCCAAAGGCUUGGUUCGAGUGCAGCUCAGAUGGACUCAAUGCGUAUUCUAAUAUUUCACUGGCAAUGAUUUAUCUUCAUGAGCCCUAUCUCUCUCGAUCAAGUUUGUGUACCGUCAAAGAAGCUGAACCCGCACCAACAUCAGCCAAUGGAAGAAUACUACUUGCCGUUGAAAAAGUGAUGCAAAUGCUCCACCAACUCGUCAAUUCAUCUUUGGAUUUUGCAUUACUACAUCCACAAAUGUUUUUGACUUGGAGCGUUUGUGCACGUAUGAUGGGGAAAGAUAUGAUUUUAUUGCAGAAGCGAAUGCAACCGCAAGAAGUGCAGACCGAUAGCCCAGCCAAAGGUAAUGCAGAAGGAACAAAAGCGAAAACGAAUGGAUCGAAAAAGACGAAUUCUACUAAACCACUCGUGCCGGAUGAAGGUGCUGCUUUGCAUAGGGUGAUGGAAAAUUUGGCUUUGAUCGUUGGUGCACUUCGUAGGGCAGGUGUAAAGAGCGUCAAAGCGAGAAGAUGCUCUGAAUUGGUAAGCUCAGUUCGAAGUGGUCAUUUACAUGAAAUGUUUUUGAGUCAUUUGCUGUACCUUGACGGUGUCAUUCCGGUCGAACAAGAGGAUAGCUUUAAUGGAGAAGGCCUGAAUAAUUCAUCAAUGCUCGCAUUAACACAAAAUCCGGCUUUUGAUGCAAUGUUACAAUCCAAUGCGAUGCCUUCAGGUGGAAUGAGUGUUCCGAUGAUGAUGUCAAUGUUAUCCGAUCCAGCUCAAGGUGCCAGUACAAUGUUUUCUCAAAAUCAACAAAACCAAAUGCCUGAACCGGAUAAAUUUGAUUUCAAUGCAUUCACAUCAAAUGGAUUCAAUUCUGAUGGAGGAACUGAUUCUACUCAAGUUGUUGCUGAUUUACUCUCUGAACCUUUUUUGGUGGAUGAGAAUCGCUUGGAAACUGAAAACAAUCCCGCAAUUUCUACGCAGAAUGAGCCAGGAUUGGAAGUUUUUAAUCUCUAGGGUGGUGGUCUGAUACCUUUUUCUCUGCUGUGAAUGCCCCACACGAUGCUCUGCAAUUCUUGCUUAUUGUACAAUACUGAUACAUGUGCUUGUAUAAUGUACAGAAAUGGAAAAGUUUACUGUUUAUGGCAAAUAAGCAUGAUAAUCUUGCUCAGUCAAUUGAUAUGCCCAAUGAAACAGCG